AUGCAUCCACCUUCGGGCGUUCAGGUUGAUGCCACGCACGAAGCAGCACAUGUGCCCGGUUCGGACGCGUCAGGCCGUGAACCUUCUGGAGGAGGUUCCGAGGACGAAGAGUUCAACCUCGCUCUACCGAUUAUACAAGCGCCGGAAGAGAUUAUGGAGAGAUUCAAGAUGCUAUGCCCCGCUAGGACGAAAUGUAGUCCUCUGGAUCCUCCGCUCCUGGAUAUAACCACAGCCUUCUCUGGUCUUUCGGUUUGUGUCAGAAAGGGUAACUCCGAGCAUCUAGCUACGCUAGCUUACCUGUGGGAGAACGGUCUGGGCGACCUAUGCGAAGAGUUGGUGAACGAGCAAGACUUCUUUCUGGACCAUCCGGACUGGAUCCUUGCGGUCGCCGAUAUCGUCGAUGGGAACGUCUCGCGAUGUGCCAAGUAUCGUGGUGCACUCACCCCAACAGACUAUGCUGCGUCUCCACCCUUGAAACAACUUCAGCGCAUCAUAGUGUCGCUUUGCCGCGCCGGCUGCUGUCACCGCGAACUCUUCAAGAACGAUAACGCACGCUUGCAGGCUUACUCCCCCGGAGCCGCUGGUGAUCUUCGUUUUCGCAUGCAACACCUACUCAAUAUGUCCUUACCAACCUACGGCGCGGCGGCGGGCGACGGCGGGUUCAGUAUGGGAAGCGAAGAAGCCACAGCUCAUUACAGACGAAUGGCCACCAUUGUGUGGUGGUACUCGACACCAGACGAAUAUUGGCCAGCCGAUGCAUUGAUAACUGCCACGCUCCAAAUUCUCUCGAGCUCUUCCGUGGAAGACUGCAGUGAUUUCCUCGAGAAUGAGGUGAUGAAGUUGAUAGGACCAUUCAACUUUCUGACUAGACUCUGCGGCUACCUAAGGCGUGAAGAUUUUCCGGACCAUUUUUAUCAAGAACGUCUCCUGCAGGGCUUAGAACAAAUGAUCGCGCUACGUCCCUUCUGGCCACACUAUUCCUCCUCGGGGUUUUUCGAGUCCUUAAGGUAUAUGCUUGACUCGUGCGUGUCCCUCGAGGACGACCAGCAUUGGGCCCUUAUGGAAGCAGCUCUAAGAGCUCUAACGAACAUAACCGAGGAGGCACCCACCAAUGACGCCGCGAGCCCUUUGAUUCAAGCUGGUACUGCUGAAGACGGUGAUCCGACAUGCGUGGAGAUGAUCCAGCUUUAUACCCGCAUAGCAGUUGCACUUGGUCUUCGUACGGGGAAGAACACGCUCAGGAAAUCACUUCGACAGGCGACGCGACGCGAGUGGUAUAGGGUACUGAAGUGGCUUCGCCAGCAGCCGCUUCGUGAUCGCGGAACCUCACGCAAGUGCACAGAUCUCAUCCCAGCCUGGCAGGGGCUUGGGCGGGCAUUGGACCUCGACGAAGCGAGCGAGAAGGCGGACUUCGAACGGGAGAUGAAGAAGGCGGCACAGAUGUGCGCAUGGGUCGAAUGCGAUUACCAUGUGGAGAAACCACCACACCCGACUCGAGCGUGCGUUGGCUGUGCCGAAACGCGGUAUUGUUCUCGACUGUGCCAGCAAAGAGACUGGCGAGAGGGCAACCAUAAGCUGAGGUGUAAGAGGUUGAAGAACGACCCUCAUAAACCACGCUGA